AUGGAUAAAUCUCAUAAAGUCCAUACAAAACAAAUGACGGCAAAACGAUCAUUCGAUCACUUGUUCAAGAUAUUGGUCAUUGGAGAAAGUGGUGUUGGGAAGACUGCAAUCAUGCAGAGGUACUGUGAGAACACAUUUGAUCCAGUAUAUAUAAGUACUGUUGGUGUGGACUUCAAUCCAAAAAUUGUGAAUUGUAAUGACAAGGUGAUUAAGAUGCAAUUGUGGGAUACUGCUGGACAAGAAAGGUUCCGAAAUAUUACUACGAGUUAUUAUAGAGGUACACAAGGUGUUCUUAUUGUUUUUGAUAUGACUGACAAAUUCACGUUUGAGAAGGUAAUAACAUGGUUCCAAGAUGUAAUGGAACACAAUAUGGUGGAGUCUCCUGUUAUCUAUUUAGUGGGAAACAAACUAGAUUUAGAAGGGAAGUAUGUUAUCAAUAGAGAGAUGGUAGAAGGGCUUUCAAGAAAGUUGGGAGGAGUCAAGUUCUUUUUCUGUAGUGCGAAGAAUGGGGAAGGGGUCCAAGAGCUUUUCUCUCAAAUGACAGUUGAUAUAUUGCAAAGAGGAGAAUUGGUGAAGAAACACAAAGAACAAGACACUAUAGAAAUAGAUGAGAAACCAAAGAAGAAAGGUGGGUGUUGUUAA